AUGCCUUCUCACACAUCCCUCUCAUCCAGCCUCUUCACAGCCCUCACUCUCACUCUCACUUCCCUUCCCCCAACCAUCGCCAUAUUAUCCCCUCUCCCCCUCAUAGUCAACACCUGGUCCGGCCCCUUCACCUCCGCCACCGACGCCGCCUUCCUCUCCCUCGCCAACUCCUCCAACGCUCUCGACGCCGUCCAGGCCGGCUGCCAGGCAUGCCAAAACAACCAAUGCGACCACACCGUCGGCUUCGGCGGCUCUCCCGAUGAAUCCUGCGAGACCACGCUCGACGCCCUCAUCAUCGACGGCGAAACGCUGAACGCCGGCGCCGUGGCCAACUUGCGCCGCGUCAAGGAUGCGAUUGGGGUGGCAAGGCAUGUGCUUGAUUACACGCAGCACACACUGCUGGCGGGCGAACAAGCAACGCAGUUUGCUCUAGAGAAUGGCUUUGAAGAAGAGAGUCUAUCAACAAAGGAUUCGCUCAAAACUUGUUAUGGAUGGCGGAAGAACCACUGUCAGCCAAACUACAGACUCAACGUCCACCCAGACCCCUUCUCCUCCUGUGGACCAUACUCGCCACUACUCUCCAGCAUCUCAUCAACAACUACAUCAGCCACCUCUUCAAUCUCACAACCUCACUCCUCCUCCUCCAACUCCCAACAAUCCUCCCACGACACCCUCUCCCUCAUCGCCCUCCACCCCUCCUCCUCCAUGGCCGCCUGCACAACCACCAACGGCGCUUCGCACAAGAUCCCCGGCCGCGUCGGCGACGGCCCCAUCCCCGGAAGCGGCUCCUACGUCGACUCCACCGUCGGCGGGUGCGGCGCCACCGGCGACGGCGACAUCAUGAUGCGCUUCCUGCCCUGCUACCAGGCCGUGGAGAGCCUGCGCCGCGGCCUGACGCCCCAGCAGGCCGCGGACGAUGCCGUGCGGAGGAUCCUUGCGCGGUAUCCGGAUGCGAAGACGGGGGUUGUGGUGGUGGACAAUAGGGGGGAGCAUGCGGCUGCGGCGAGUGGGUGGGAGUUUUCGUAUUCUUAUAGGAGUGGUGGGAUGGAGAGGACGGAGGUGGUCAGGGUGAAGUCGCUGAAUGAAGAUGAAGUCGUCGUAGAGUCUGGGAGUUUAGAAGAAUUGUGA